GGGCGCCGGCGCUUUCCCUGGUGCGGCGAGCGGUCGCGAGGGACGCGGAGUGCAGAGGAGAAGCUCGCCGCGGACCCCGGUGGCGGGGCCGUCCCGUCCGGCCGCCGUCCGGGUGCUGGGCUAUGCUCUUCCUUGGGUAUUAGGUGUCAGAGAGCCUGCACUGUCUCCAGGCUGGAGUUCAGGCGUGGGGACUCGGCACAGAUGUUUCCCAGCCCUCCUUGGCGGAAUUUCUACAGAAGGAAAUAUCAGAUCAAGACACAAGAUGGUGAAUCCAAAAGCUGAUGUUAAACUUAAGACUUCCAAGGUGACUGCUACUUCAGUCUCCAUGGAGUCUUUAAAAGGUGCAGGAGAUUCAAUAGAUGAACAGAAUUCCUGCAGGGGAGGAAUAAAGAGUGCAUCAUUGAAGGAUUUAUGUCUUGAAGACAAAAGACGCAUUGCAAACUUAAUUAAAGAACUGGCCAGAGUAAGUGAGGAAAAGGAAGUAACAGAAGAAAGACUCAAAGCUGAGCAGGAAUCAUUUGAGAAGAAGAUCAGGCAGUUGGAAGAACAGAAUGAACUGAUCAAAAAAGAAAGGGAAGCUCUUCAGCUACAGUAUAAAGAAUGCCAAGAACUUCUAAGCCUCUAUCAGAAAUAUCUAUCAGAACAGCAGGAGAAGCUCACUGUGUCUCUCUCAGAACUUGGUGCUGCUAAAAUUCAGGAACAACAGGUAUCCAGUAGGAAGAGCACUCUCUGGUCUUCAUCUGUGGAACUGGAUGGUUCCUACUUGAGUGCAGCCAUACCACAAACCCACACUCAAACCAAGCAAAGGCCUAAGUCUGCAAAUCAGGACUCAGCUUCAGAAUUCCUUGCGGAGUUUAGGAAUAAUUCUUUGAAACCAGCAGCCCUUCAUUAUCCCAAAGAGGAUGUGGACAAGGUGCCAUCAGAGACCAGAACAUGUAAUUAUGGAUCCCCAGGGAAAAAACUAGUAGAUGCAGUCAUUACAGAGAAAGUUCCACCAGAGGAACUGAAGAUGAAGGAAUGCCAACACCUUAAGGCUACUCCAUCUAGUCAGUGCUGUGGUCAUAGACUUUCUGAAAAUGCGGAUCAUGUUCGUGAGAGCCAUCCGACAAACAUGGUCCCUCAGUAUUCCAAGACACAUCUGGAAUCAUGCAGGUAUUGUGGGCUUUCCUGGGCAUCUCUGAUGCAUGGCCAAGGGGCACUGCAGCCUAGUGAAACUGAUGUCAAAAAGCAGCUCUCAGAAGAUAGAAGGCAGCAACUCAUGCUUCAGAAAAUGGAGCUGGAAAUUGAAAAGGAACGCCUCCAGCAUCUACUGGCCCAGCAGGAGACAAAACUACUCCUAAAACAGCAGCAGCUGCAGCAGUCUCGACUGGACUAUAACUGUUUAUUGAAGUCAAAAUAUGAUGGCUGGACGCUUGGAACAUCAUCAUCCAGCAAAAAUUACCAAGACUCUACUAACAAUGGAGAGAAUAGAAGGGAGAAGAAGACAGUUGGGUUUCAGUCACAUAUGGAAGAUGAUGCCCUGUGGACAGAUCAAAAGAAAGAUGCAUAUCAACCCCAAAGAGGGACAAUGGCAGAAGUUAGAAAAGAUGCGUCCACAUCUCCUAUGACAGCAGGAAGCCAAAAGGAGCUUAUAAUCGCAACCACAGCAUCAUUGCAACAUGACACCCCCCGGUAUGAGACAUCUCUAUUGGAUUUAGUUCAAUCUCUGAGUCCCAGGACUGCUUCCAAACCGCGGCCCCAUCGCUCCAGAGAAGCUGGGUCAUGGCAUCACAGUACUUGCCUACUCAGUCGUCUAAAAUCAACCCGGAACAAGACCGGGGCAGGCAGGACCCCUGAAGACCUGGAGGAGCAUCAGAUUCUGGAAGAUAUCUUUUUCAUUUGACACUGAAGCACAUGCUGCAAGAUUUCCGUCAGAAAUGAGUGGGUGUUUUUAUAUACUGAUCCAGGAUUUUAAAUUAUUUGACUGCAAUGUAAUUGUGUCUCUCCUUUCACAGGGAGGGACCUAUCUCACUAGCAUCCUGUUACGUGUUGAAUAUAGAAAUCAUUCUAAGAACCCAGGGUGUUUCUGAUCAGACCAAUCAGUAGAUAACACAUUAAGGACGGAUGGGGGUGGAGGGCAGUAGCUUUUCUAUGCCAAGCAGAGAUUAGAACAUUAACAUAGGACACUUUCUGCAUGGCAGAGGCCUUUGCAUACUCAGCCUCAUUCAAGAGUGUUUCCUUCUCAAUAUUUUGCUGGAAAAGGUUGGCUCUCUUUUGUACACAAGGAAAACCUUUCCAUUGAGAGAUCCCUCUAGUUUAAACGUAGCCCCUUUGUAACAUAAGCAAUUUCAGAAAGAUAGAACCUUUUACCUCUCCACCCUGUUUUCUUACCACCUACCUCUUUCUAAGUCAGUCAGUUAAUUCUGAGGUUGGAGUUGGUGCCCCUCCUAUCACGAGCAACACUGAGGGCCAAUUGUGAGUCAGUCUCGGCAGUCAUCAGCCUGGCCGCUGCCCAUCCUAUAACUAAAAGGGCUGAAUAAGCUAGAGGGAGGCCCCCCCAACCCUUAGAAACCAGCAUUAGAUUACACAAGCGAGUACUGCCCUAGGGGAGGCACUGGCCUGAAAUGCUUGUCCUACGGUCGGCCAUUUCCCAGGAUAAAUAAGAGUACUCUCUCAGUAUUGUUCCUUGCCCCAAGUGUCUGUUUUAUUCACCCUGGUGAACUUCCCAUCAGCUGCUACAGGCUGACAGACUUCCCCUGGCCUCCUCUCUCUCCCCAUGUGGAGUCAAGGCCCCGAUUGACCAGGCCUUGCACAUGCUUUGCUCAAGGCCACUGUCUCAUGGCCCCAAAGAACCACCUCCACUUGCCAGACAAUGUUCCACCAGCCCACGCAGAGUCUCCCCCUUUCUCCCGCUGGGCCUCACAGAGAAAGCCUUUGGAGGAAGUACACUCGAAACGUACUCUCUCUGCUCUCCUGUUCGGCAGAGCUCUUGAGAUGGGUCCCUCAGCUUACAGUGGGCUCUAGUGGCCUCUCAGGCUUAUGGGCAGUAUGAUGAGCCUGGUAGAGCCAGUGAGUUUAAAGCUUUGUAGUCAUUGGAAGCCAGGGGAAGAUAUGCAUUACUGGAUGACUUUAUUUGGUGUGGAGCGUGUUGCUUUUUUCUCUCUCCCUUUCACCAGCCCCUGGCCUGAACUGAGACUAAGCCUGUCAGCCAUUAUUGGUAGCUAACGCCAGACCUGCAGGGCAGCCUGCACUUAGUGAGACUGCAUGGCUUCCCUGAGGUCUUUAUCUAAAUGAGAUUAUUUCAGCCCACAAAAGCCUCCUGGAGCAACUUCCUUGUCUGGGUAAAUCCAAAUCUCAUUGUCUCUUCAGACCGAGGCCCUGUCACCUCCGCCCAGCCUUCCUUCACUUGGGUCUUUUUGUUCUUUGGAGGAGAGAAGAAUAUAGCCUACCAAUACCAUAUUCUUAAUCUGAGGUUAAGAAUAUCAGGUCAGGACAAACCAGUUGUAGUCAUUCAGUUGAAAGGUUGAAAAUUAUUGCAGGUUACAAUUUCCUCUUAAAGUUCACCCCUAAGAAAGUAACUGAAUCAGUUUCAUCCCAUUCCAGAAGCCUUUGGAAAAUAGAGCUUUCUUUGGUGUGGCCAAAAACAGGGUGAAAACAAACGGAGAGCCCUUGACCAUUUUCUCAGUUAAAGUUAGGUUUCUAGAGCUAUCUUUUCCUUGCCCCGUGUGUCAUGACCAGCUUAAGUACACCCAGCUCCCUCGGAUCAUCCAUAACUACACUUUCCUAUUCUGGACAGCAGGGUCCUUACUGCUCUCUGGAGUAAGAGGAUGCCAGAAAGACCAAGAAAAGGAUUGUGAUUUCUUCAAGAAGCUUGUUUGCCUUUAGAACAAUCAUAAACAGGACCUAAACUAAAGGCUUUGGGGGGGUCACAAGCCACAAAAUGGAGUUUAAUUGCUUCUUUACCUCUCCUGAGUGAGCAAUUUGGAAGAGCAAAGAUGGAUUUUCAACAGAGCAUCAAUCAACCUAUUUUUCAUAUGCCACAUUCCCCGCCCCCGCCAGUUGCCUUUCUCUAUCCUGUAGGCAUUUCCUGGUCGUCAGGGCAAUAGGAUGUGAAUUUGUGUCUCGUCUAACAUCUUCAUUAUGAAUUGAACAAUAUAUGUUAACAUUUUAAUCUGUGUCUCACUUUGAGAUCUAUAUACAUGUAUGAAAAGGUUGUUGUAGAGCCUCGAGGCUUUUGUAGAGCCUAGAGGCUUGACCUAAUUGCAGACUAACCUACCAAGGGAGAGGGCCUGGCACUCAGGAAUCUGCCUUUCCUCCCUGUUAAGCUCUCCCAACAGUGACUGCCUGUCAUGCGCUUGCCCAGCCUCCAGCCAUUUCCCCAAAGCAAGACUGGACACGUGUUGGCAAUGCUGCAGGUAGUGUUACCACAUUGCACACCCUGCUUCCCACUGUUCUGGGAGAGAAAGACCAAUCAGUGUUUACAAAACGGGACAGGACAGACGCCCAUGGAAGCUCCUUAAGUAGGGCCCAAAGUGCUUGAUUCAGAAGACCAAAGUCAGUCAAGGAGAAGCUUUCUCUGACAGCCACCCUUCCAGGAGGCACAUUUGUGUUUACAAACCUGACCUCCAUGGAGGGACUUGUCCAGAGCACCCCGAAUGUCACGGGGAGGGAGGGGCUCUCUCCUCCCCCAGAGCCGUUCCUUACACUUGGCGCUGUUUUCAGCACCAUUGUUCACAUGAGAGAUUCGCUGGUCAGAAACUCUGGGGAGGGGACAGGCCUAAAGGAGCAGAGCCGGACGAAGUCUGCCGUCAUAGCCAAUAUCUCAGUGGCUAUUUUCCCCAUGUGGUUUUGAUAUUGAAUUGUUCCUUGAACAUCCCCCAUCGGAUAAGUGGAGUAUAGCUUGAAAGCAAGAGAAGAGCCUCAGGUUAUCAAAAUGUUAUUUCUCUUAGUAUUUGUUAAAACAACAGGAACCUAUGGUCAGUUGAAAGAAAGAAAGUAGUUUGCCACAUCCUACAGGUUUUCCUGGCUGAGUCCAGUUCACUCCCAUCACAUGAACACCAAGCCUCCUCUAGGUUGUGUGGUCACUAGAAAGGGAGGUUCCAUCUGUGCACACCUCUGAGUCCCUUCUUUGUGCUUUUCCCCAAAACUGCUUAGCAAAGAAAUGUCUCGGCACUUUGACACAGGAAAAAUAGUGCUGCUUAGUUGGCUUUCGGUGCUGGGAGAACAUAGGCGAGGGCUUGGAUACCUGAAAUGCCCAGUUCUGAGAUCACCAAGACAGCCAGUUCUGUGGAUUCAACCAAGACAGCCAGAGACCCUAUCCUGCCGCUGCUCCCCUAGUCAGCCUGACACUUUCCCCUGAACCAGGAGGCUUUGCAGCUCCCCUCAGAGACAGAGGUGGCAAGGACAAAAUCAUCACUCAACUGGCUCCCAAGCUGAAAAUGAGCUAAGUAAUCAUUGCCCCGAUUGUAAUAAGAUAACCCUUGAAUCUAGGAGCAAAGCUAGAGAUGAGUAGGGUGAGGGUGACACCCUGGUCCUCAGAGGAAGAAUAACCUGGCAGCUAGAGAGCCAGUUUCAUAAAUGAGUAACCAGCUACACAGUUCCUCAGAGUUUCUCAGAGCUGCUAUUCGAAGUGGAUUGUUCCUGAGCCCCUUGGGCUCCAUUGUUGCAUUUAGAACUGGGAUUUCUACCCUCUCAGGCUUCAGCUCCAUAGCUAUUCUCCCUCCCAUCCACCUCCACCACAUGCACACUCAGAAUUGAGUGAGCACCUAGAAAAUGCUCAGGGCCUUUUCUACCUCCACUCCUCCCCCCCCGCCCCCCAUAAUCCCAUCACCUUCCAGAGUCACAGAAUUCUGUGGCUGGAUUAGACCUUAGAGCCCAUAGAAUCCAUCACUUUCAUUUUACAGAUGAAGAAAUUUCAGAGAAAGGUGAGCUCUGGCAUCCUGUCAGUGGCCAGUCUGGCUGCCAAGCUGGUACCCUCCCCACUGCAGGGCAUCACUACCUUGAUCUGGUGUUCCAAGAUGAACAUUUUUAAGAAUCUCAACUAGGACUGAACAUUCUACCACCAUCUGUUAGAAGUGAGCUCUCACAAACCACUCGGGCCAAGGGGGGCAAAAAAUGCAGCAUGUCCAUUCCUCAGGGGGGUUUUAGGUCAGUAACCCUCAAGUGCUACUGUCUGGAACUUCUUUCUGUUUGUGGAGGUGGAGGCCAUGGGAAGGCUAUCUCAAGAAAUAUCCCUGGGAAAAAGAUAAAUCUCUCCAGGAGGCAUAAUGGACAUCACUGUCUUCUCUAAAUAAUAAAGGCUGUAGCCCUAGUUAAGACUUCUUCUGAAAAGACAGUGGCCAAAAUGAGGGUGAGGCCCACCUUCAAUUGGUAGGGGAGGUGGCUAGUAAAACCAGUAGGAAUGACCUGUAUCAUAUGUUGCCAAUGGGGCGACCACUUUGACCAUGACUUGCCAGAACCCAAGGCUUGUCUUCAUCAGUUCUGUUGGCCAGUUGAGUGGCUCCCCUGGGCCCAGCAUUGUGUUAGAUGUUGUUGAUCCCACUAAGGAAGAGGUUAACGGCACAAGCUGUGGAACUCAGUAGACCUUAUACAAAUCUCAGUUACACUGCUUCCUAGCUGAAUAAUCUUAGGCAAUAUAUUAACCACACUAAACCUAAAUUUCUUAAUCUGUAAAAUUGGGAUGCUAAUGCAUACAGCAUAGGAUGGUUGUAAGGGUGAAAUUUAGUGAAAUAAUGUAUGUGAAGGGCCUAGGAAUAGUACCUGGCACAUACAAAGUGUUCCACUAAUGGUAGCUAUCAUUAUUAUCAUUUAUGUCUCAGUUAACUUACAGACUAGAUAGAAGACAAAGCUUCGUACUUUAAAUUUUUAACAAUAAUAAAACAAAAGCCAUCACAGUAUGUCUUCCAGCAACUGGUAGGAAGCUGUAAACACUAUGGUUUCAGAGAGCAAAUUGCUGGGCCGAGUUUACUUAGGAUUUGUGGGAGAAGGAGGAGUAAAAGGAGGGAGAUUUGACCUAGGCUUUGGAAGAGUA